AGAGUGAUAACCUUAUAAUUAAAGUAUAUAUGCAUUUAAAAUGAAUAUUAAAACAUGUAUAUUUUUUAUUGGAUACAUUGUUGGUUGCCUAGGCGCCAACGAGAACGAAAAAUCAGAUAUAACGGUUAAUGUAAAUGGGAAAUAUGUUAACGUAACGCUUGAUGAUACCGAGGUUAAAUCAAUGUUCUUUUCAACAGAAAUCAACGAUGAAUGCACAUCAGACUAUAUAUAUGUUCAUAGCGCCAAUAACAGCAACACAUUUAGUAUAAGCCUUGAGAAGGAACCUAAAAAAAACGAUAUCAUACGAAUUUUCAGUGUCAUUGAAACCAAAGAUCACGUUAUAUCAAAAACGUAUGAUUUCAGGAUUAAUGCUGAUGGGCAUGGCACCAAUGAGCAGAAAUGCAUACGAGAAGAGUCCGACUCAAACUCGAAAAGGGGCUGUAGCGGCCGUCUAAUUUUUGAGGAAAACUUCAAGGACAACAAAUUGACGCAUUGGACUUAUGCAGUAUGCUCCCGGGUACAUACAAAUCAUAAAGAAUUUGCAGCCUUUCUGAAAAGUGAUAAUAACUGCUAUAUAGAAGAUGAAAAAUUGCAUUUUAAUGCCACUUUGACGAACUACAAGCUAGGCGAUCUGUUUACACUACCCAGUUGUACUUAUACGCACACGGAUAGUAGAAAUUUGCUGUGUGGACCGUAUACAUUCGCAAUAAGUCAACCGCUACCACCCAUGCACUCGGCAAUACUAUACAAUAGGAAGUUGCGAUUUGAUUAUGGUCGGAUCGAGAUACGUGCUAAAAUGCCCAUUGGCGAUUGGCUCUUCCCCUAUUUAAUACUAUACCCCAUCAAGAGCGAUUUUGAAUCGAUUAAUGUGUUUGAACCUCACAUCCGCAUGGCAUAUGUGCGAGGCAAUCCACAUCUGCACGAUUAUGCCCACCAAGAUAUUGGAGGAAAUAUGCUUUUUGGCAGCGUCUUCGGCCAGAUAGGUGACGAUUAUCAUGAGGCUACGGUGAAUAUGCCACACAAAUCCGGAUCACAUUAUGGGGACAAUUUUCACGACUAUACAAUAAUUCGACACAAGGAUCGAAUUAUAUUUAAAGUGGACGGAGUUACCUUUGGCACUAUAAGAGAUAAGAAGAUAAUCGAAAGCUUGAAAGGAACUGAGUACUAUAUCGUAUUGGGUUUGACUGCUGGAGGGAUAUUAAACUUUAAAGAAGAAUAUGUAAAUCUGGAAAAAAACUUCCUUGUGACACCUCAGGCUCCAUCAAUAUUUUUAGAAAAUAUAUCUAUAGAUCCAUCAACAUGGAAGCAUCCCAAGCUGGUGAUAGAUCACGUCCGUGUUUAUACAACACAUCCCGAUGAAAACUAAAAUGCUUUUCCAACGUCAAUGUUCUUUAU